AUGUUGUCCCAGUCUUCGCAAUAUCCCCGAGCCCGUCGUCGCUCAAGUGUUGGAGCAAAACCCCGGGUCUGCAGCCACUGUGGUCGGAGCUUCAGGAGAACCGAGCAUCUCGAUAGGCAUGUCCGCACUCAUACUAAGGAGAAGCCCUACGUGUGCUUCUGCGGAGCGGCUUUUACUCGACGGGAUCUCCUGAAACGACACUCUCGCAUCACCCAUGACAAUAAUGGAUUGAUCUCACCCAACUCCCAACCUGACCGAGAUGUCUCGGAACAACAGUCCCAGGCUGCUGCACGUCACACGUCGGCACCGGACCUAUCGACGCCCCAGCAGCAGCAACAUCCACAGCCGCAGUACAAUGUCCAACCUACCCCGCGAUCCGAGAUGCCUCCCCCGGUGCAACCUAAUACAAUGGAGCAAUGGAAUGGACCCCCGCACCCGCCACAGCAGGUCCCAUACAUGGAACAGAGUCAGGGUAUGCUCAAUGCAGGUAGCAGCAGUGCAGUUCUCGAACCACACCCUGCGGUGACUCACGAUGCCGACAUCCUCCAAGCGGCCCAGCUCCUACUUCCUGGCAACUUUCGGGAUGCCCAACAACCUGCUCAACCGUUGCCUUAUCUACCGGAGGAUCUGAACCACUUUCAAGAAUUCACGCAUUUCCUGGACUCGAUCGGAUUGCCCUCGGAAUGGGUGCCUGCGUUGGGUGAUGUCCCUCAAGUACAGAGUGCAGUCCCCGCCGACGUCCCUGACCCGAGUCGGAACACACGGGAGGUACAUGGAACGUCUCGCCGUGGCCAGAGGGAGGGCUCUCGUGGUGAUUCUCCAUUCCGGUCCUGGUUGCCCUCUGUGCCCCCCGGUGAUCAAAGUUUGGGAACAGUCUCUGAUUACGAACCGCCCCAAAUUUCCAAGAAGUCCACUCCGCUCAAGGUGAGCGAAGAGCAAAGGCUGCGCCUUGCGACCUCUCUGGAAGAGUUCCGGCAUCUUAUUCCGGAUUUUGUUUUGCCCUCACGACACACGCUGACGAGAUAUUUGACCUCGUUCUUUGACGGAUUCCAUCCACAUCUACCAUUCCUUCACGUUCCAACUCUUCGGAUCAACGAGCGCGCUCCGGAGCUUAUUCUGGCACUUUUGACUGUAGGUGCGCAGUAUCGCUUUGAGCAUCGCAAUGCCGAGAGAAUAUUCCAUGCUGCGAAGGCGAUUGCUCUCCACAGGAUCUCCAAAGAGUCCACUCAACCCCCAGCGGGAGCCUACAACACGGUUAUUCAAAUACCGUUGGAAGAUUUGCGUGAAUCGUCUCAACAACCCGGCCAACCUCCGAUACUCGCGCCAUCAGAAAAUGCCAUUGGGAUGAGUGCGUGGAGGCAAAUCGAGAAUAUCCGUACCUUGCUCUCUCUGAUGGCGUAUUCCACUUGGGAAGGUGCCGAAUUGGUCCAGGAGGCUUUUGGUAUCCAGAACCUGCUUGUGCGAUGUCUCCGCGACUUUGGCUUGACAGAGAAUAUCACUGUGGCUCCAAGACACGCACCUCUUCAGUGGCACGAAUGGGCGGAAGAGGAGUCUAUCCGACGGACUCGGUUUAUCGCCUUCUGCUUUGUUCACGUCCACAGCAUAGCUUACAAUAUCUACCCCGUGCUUCGCAGCAGCGAAGUACAUCUGCGCCUCCCAUGCUCGACAAAGGAGUGGAAAGCAAGCACGCCUCAGGAAUGGGAGGCGGCUCAAAAAGAAGUAGGCUCGCAGCAGUUGUUUUUCCAAGAUGCAUUGGCUCUCCUUCUACAGCAGUCGCGGACCACCGUCAUGUUAGAUCCGAUCCCGGCACCUUUGGGUAACUAUAUUCUCCUCCAUGGCCUUCUUCAGCGCAUCCACCUAGUGAGCGAGCUUUCUUUGCCGACAGGCGACCAGAUGCUCUCACUACCCACAGAGGAGUUGAACAAGCUUGAGCGAGCAUUGCGAUCUUGGACUUCAGUCUGGCAACAAGCCCCGGAGUCAAGCCUUGACCCUCAUAAUGAAAACGGACCUAUCCCGUUCACUUCGAGUUCACUCCUAGGCCUCGCCUACGUUCGACUCUCUCUAAAUUUGGGGCCUUAUCGUCAACUUGAGACGAGAGACCCGUAUAGGAUUGCCAAUGCAUUGCACAGGUCCCCUCGACCCGGCCGAAGCUACCGGUUGACACCUGCGCUUAUAUAUUCAGCGCAUGCUUUGAGCAUCCCUGUGCGACUUGGAAUUGACCAUGUCGCACGCAGUCAGGCCUUCUUUUGGAGUGUGCGCCAUUCAAUUGCUAGUCUUGAAUGUGCCGUUCUAUUGAGCAAAUGGCUGUUGUCCUUGGCAGAAACAGGCAAUGAUCAAAAUUUGAGCGAUAACGAAAAUCGCAUCCUGCAUUGGACCCGAUGCAUCGUUGAAGAGGCAUAUACUUCGAUGGACUUGGAAGAUGACGAAGCUCUCCCCGGCCAAGAUCCUGCUAGUCUUGGAGUGGCUGUGAUCAAAUUGUGGGCCCGUCUUUUCCGCAAAAACACUCAGUGGCCAUUCAUCAAUACCCUUGGAGAGAGCCUAGAGAAAUGGUUGGCCUUGAUUCGGCCGGCAUGA